AGUUACUUCCUACGUUUGUGCUGGUGCCGCGAUUUACUGAUCGAAAUGUGAAUUGACACCUUAGUCAGUAACUUAAAUGUGUUUUAAAUGCUGAACAAUUUACUUGAUCAUAUGAAAAAGGAAAAGAAAUGUAGCUUUUCCAACGUUUUGCCAUGAAACUCACUAAGCUAUUGGGAAUUAAAUUUGAUAUAUUCAUCGUUGCAAUUUAAUUUCUAUCAGCAAAAAUGGACGGAUCGGGACAAAACUUUGCAUCAUUUGGGAGCGGUCUUACCCCCCAGCAUCAACAAAGUCCCAUGAUGUCACCAGCAGCUCUUAGCAGUUUUUCUUUGGGAGCCACUCCAAAUCCUGUAAUGCCACCAUCCAAUGCAAGUUUAUACCCUCCACAAACUCCAUUGGCGCCCAUGACUCCUGGUGUUCCAGUCACCCCUGGGGGACCCCCAAUAACUCCAGGAGGACCCAUGACACCAGCAACCCCAGCCUCAGAAGGUGGUGCUGGAAUGGUUCCACUCAGGCCACAGUUGCAGAAUAUUGUUUGUACUGUAAAUCUUGGGUGUAAGUUGGAUCUAAAAAAGAUUGCUCUUCAUGCCAGAAAUGCCGAGUAUAACCCCAAGCGAUUUGCUGCUGUCAUCAUGAGGAUCCGUGAACCAAGGACAACAGCUCUUAUAUUUAGUUCAGGAAAAAUGGUGUGCACUGGAGCCAAGAGUGAAGAUCAGGCAAAGUUAGCAGCAAGGAAGUAUGCAAGGAUUGUCCAGAAAUUAGGGUUCGCAGCAAAAUUCCUGGAUUUUAAGAUUCAGAACAUGGUAGGAAGCUGUGAUGUUAAAUUUCCGAUCAGGUUAGAGGGAUUGGUCUUGACCCAUGGCCAGUUCUCCAGCUACGAGCCUGAAUUGUUCCCUGGCCUGAUUUACAGAAUGGUGAAGCCUCGUAUCGUUUUGCUUAUUUUUGUCUCAGGAAAAGUCGUACUUACAGGAGCCAAAGAUUGGGAGUAUGCAAUGAGGAGAGAAAUGCAGGAGAUAGUGCCUAACCUGUAUCUUGGACCCUAUGCAACAGCCAACAAAAAUAAGUUAGGUUAUUUAGAGUCAAUAGGAAUAACUGAUAUCAUCUGUGUCAGACAUACUGCCGAAGCAAAUUUCAUCAAACCCAAUUUUCCAGAGAAGAUCAGGUACCUGGUCUUGAAUGUUGCUGACAUAUACACUGAGAAUAUUAUUCAAUACUUUCCACAGGUAAAGGCAUUUAUAGAAGACAGUUUUGCAAGAAAUGGAAAAGUAUUGGUUCAUGGAAAUGCUGGAAUGUCUCGCAGUGCAUCUCUUGUGAUAGCUUACAUCAUGGAAAAAUAUGGCCUAUCUUACAGAGAUGCAUUUGUGUAUGUUCAACAGAAGAGAUUUUGUAUUCAUCCUAAUGAAGGAUUUGUUCAACAAUUACAUGAGUAUGAGCCUAUGUACAGGGCCAAAUUAAGUUUUGAACACAGUUAUACCCCAUUAGAGAGUGGAAUGUUAAAACGCAAGUUCACAGAGGAUCCUGAGCCCUCACAUGAUGACAGCUUCUUUAUUGGAAGUUGGCAUCCAGCUGACUGGCCACAGCUCUGGCUAGCAGUGUCUUCCCUGUCCCUGGGGGUCCGUACAGCAAACAGCCCUUAG